AUGUAUUAUAUUGAUAAUCAUCCGAUGCUAUCACGCAUCUAUGUUGAAAGUCAAAUGUCCUUAAAUGACCCAUAUGCUGUACAAUUAAACAUUGCCAACGUUCAGCAUCGAGAUAAUUCUUGUCAUCAAGAAAGAGAUUUAGGUGAUGAAUAUGGUUGGAAACAAGUUCAUGGUGAUGUUUUUCGUCCACCAGCACAUCCUAUAUUAUUUGCUUCAUUAAUCGGUUCUGGUUAUCAAAUAGCAACAGUAUCAAUACUUUGUAUUUUAAUAACAAUUGUAUUCGAUCUUUAUACCGAACGUGGAUUACUUUUCAGUACAGCGAUAUUUCUCUAUGCUGCAGCCUCCGUCGUUAAUGGUUAUGCAGGUGGAAGUUUAUAUGCACGAAUGAAAGGUCAAUUAUGGAUAAAACAAUUAUUAGUUGGUGCAUUUCUUGUUCCAGCUAUAAUAUGUGGUGUAGCAUUUCUUGUUAAUUUUAUUUCGAUUUACUAUGGUUCAUCACGUUCAAUACCAUUUACUGUCAUGUUAAGUGUAACAGCAAUUUGUUUAUUUAUUAUUUUACCAUUAACAGCAAUUGGUACUGUAUUGGGAAGAAAUAUUAGUGGAGUACCCAAUGAUCCAUGUCGAACAAAUGCUGUGCCACGACCAAUACCAGAAAAGAAAUGGUUUAUGGAACCAAAUGUGAUUAUAUUGGCAAGUGGAGUAUUACCAUUCGGAUCGAUAUUUAUUGAAAUGUAUUUUAUUUUUACUUCAUUUUGGGCUUAUAAAAUUUAUUAUGUUUAUGGAUUUAUGUUACUUGUCUUUUUAAUACUUGCUGUUGUUACUGUAUGUGUAACGAUUGUUGCGAGUUAUUUUAUGCUCAAUGCAGAAGAUUAUCGAUGGCAAUGGACAAGCUUUUUGUCUGGUGCAUCAUCAGCAUUUUAUGUUUAUUUAUAUGCUAUUUAUUAUUUCUUCUUUAAAACGAAAAUGUAUGGAAUGUUCCAAACGGUAUUUUAUUUUGGUUAUAUGGCUUUAUUUUGUCUUGGUCUCGGAAUAAUGUGUGGUACAUUUGGUUACAUAGGAACUCAAGCGUUUGUUCGAAAAAUUUAUUCAAUUAAAAUAGACUAA